AUGCCGAGUUUGUACGCCAUCCCCUACUACUCCAAAUACUUGGGUGUCGCCACUUCCGGAAUUCUCACGGGAAUCCUUCUGACCUAUUCAACGACCUUUACCCCCCUCCUCCUCGCCAGCCCAGACCACUCCAUAAUCCUCCGCCAAUUUCACGCACUCCAAGCUUCUUCCAAAAAGACAAUAACUCGUCUAUCGCUCUCCUCCUCUCUCUUCUUCUUCACAGCAUCUUAUCUCCGGGUCACGAAAUCUUGGCCAUCGACGAUUAGAUGUUGGAUUGCGGGAGCCUUGGCAAUAAGUGUUAUUCCAUAUAGUUGGUUGAUUAUGAAAAGAACUGAGAGAAAGUUGGAGACAUUAUAUGAAGAGGAGCUUGAACAGAAGGUAAAUGCGACGAAAGAGGGACAGGUGGUAGUUAGGGGAGAAGUUCGAGCAUUAGUUGAUUGGUGGGGAGUUAAAAACUUGGGGAGGGUAGGUGCAGCUGCCGCCGCCUUUUUAGUGGGAAUCGAGACAGUCAGAAGGUGGUAG